AGGUAUUUUCUUUCUCAUCUUGAUCCCACCGCGCACCGGCUGCCGCCCACCGCUCCACCCCGCCCGCCUCCCGCGCCAUGGCCUUCCCUCCCCCCACCUCCCUCUCCUCCUCCUCCCCCGCCCCCAUCCACCUCCGCCGCCAGCCCGUCCCCAGCCCGCCGCUCCACGCCGCACUACCCUUCCCGCGCACGCUCCCGCUCCACUUCCCCUCCCUCCGCCUCGCGCGGCCUCACCUACCUCCCCUCCCGCUCGCCUCCUCGGGCAGCGGCGGUGGCGAUGAUGACCUUCCCUCGGGCAGGGGAGGAGGAGGAGGUGAGGGCGAUGGCGGCAGCGCGGACGGGGACGGGGACGGGGACGGGGACGGGGACGACGCGUUUGUCAACAGGAGGGAGGCGCUGUUCGUGCUGGCGCAGCUCGGUCGGAAGCUCGAGAGCCUGCCGGCGGACCUGGCCGCCGCCGUGGAGGGCGGCCGCGUGCCUGGGGAGAUCGUGCGGCGGUUCGCGGACCUCGAGGUGUCGCCCGUUUUCCGGUGGCUGCUCCAGUUCGGUGGUUUCAAGGAGCGCCUCCUCGCCGACGAUCUCUUCCUCACCAAGGUCGCCAUAGAGUGCGGCGUCGGCAUCUUCACCAAGACUGCUGCAGAGUAUGAGAAAAGGAGGGAGAACUUUGUCAAAGAGCUUGACUUUGUGGUCGCAGAUGUGGUCAUGGCAAUAGUUGCAGAUUUCAUGCUUGUAUGGCUUCCUGCUCCAACUGUGUCUCUGCAGCCACCACUAGCCAUGAAUUCUGGAUCCAUUACUAAAUUCUUCUACAACUGCCCAGAUAAUGCCUUCCAGAUUGCUUUGGCUGGGACAUCAUACUCACUUUUGCAGAGAGUAGGAGCUAUUGUGAGGAAUGGUGCAAAGCUUUUUGCAGUGGGAACUAGUGCCUCUCUGAUCGGCACUGGUGUGACCAAUGCACUGAUAAAAGCAAGAAAGGCUGUCAGCAAGGAUUUUGCUGGUGAAGUUGAGAAUAUUCCAAUUUUAUCAACUAGUGUUGCAUAUGGUGUAUACAUGGCAGUUUCUAGUAACCUCAGAUACCAGAUUUUGGCUGGAGUGAUUGAACAGCGGAUGCUUGAGCCACUAUUGCACCGCCACAAACUAGUAUUGAGCGCACUGUGUUUCGCAGUUCGGACAGGGAACACGUUUUUGGGUUCUCUACUGUGGGUCGACUAUGCCAGGUGGAUAGGCAUACAAUAAGCCUGAGUAUAGAGAUAAAACUGCACAAAGCGAUAGCAAUCUUGGUUCUUCAUGACUUUAUAUUACCAUGCUUCCUACAGCUGGUUCACUAUUCAUCUGCGUCACAUGAGACACUUAGGACAGAUUUUUGAAUUCUUUUUUAAAACAAAGGAAGCUUGGGGAAGAAAGGGUAAUUUGUCGAAUUCCAGCAAACAAGUGAUUGGAUUCUUUUCGAUGGCUUAUUUUUUCGGUUGUGUCUAAUCUGACAAGAUUCAGACAAUUUGGGUCGUUUUUGUUUUUGUGCAAGUUCCUAUCAUUUGGUUAGUGUCUUGUUUUACUCCCAAAUUUUGUUACAAAUGUGGAAUAUAGAUAAGCAGUAACAUAUGCCUA